AGCACACUGCCGGCUGCGUUGAUAAUCGAGCGUGGCGGCAUCGCAUUCGGCACUCCAACUCAAUCCUGCCCCGCACUAGGUUGUUAAUCUGCGUUGCGAGAUAAAGACGAAGAGAAAGAUAAAAACGAAGAGAAAUAAUACACAUCAUCUUAGACCGUCGUUGCCGUUGUUGCCUGAACCGCCCGGAAGAUACAUCCUCUCCUCGGUCUAUAAUGCCUGUCACGCCGUUCGAAUUCGGUGAGCGAUACAGAUACCAGAAUGGCUUCGGGUCCUACUUAGAGACUGAGGCCGCUUCGGGCGCACUACCCGUCGGCCGAAAUUCUCCCCAGAAGCCACCCCAUGGCCUAUAUGCCGAGAAGUUCUCUGGCACCGCGUUUACGGCGCCACGGCACGAGAACAAGCAGACUUGGCUCUAUCGGAUACUCCCCUCCUGCGCGCAUCCCCCCUUUUCUCGCGCUACGGACGAGUUGCUCGGGUCCCAGCCGCUCACAAAUCCCUCCAAGCUAGAAUAUAUACCAAAUCAGCUGCGGUGGGAUCCUUUCGAUCAUGAUGAUCAAGCCGAUUUCAUCUCCGGCCUCCGUUUAGUUGCCGGCUCCGGCGACCCGACCCUCAAGCAGGGAGUAGGCAUGUACAUUUUUGCCGCUGGAAAAUCGAUGGAUGAGCGCUCCGCCUUCUACUCAGCCGACGGAGACCUCUUGAUUGUAGCCCAAGACGGUGUUCUGGAUAUCAGGACCGAGCUCGGUUGGCUCCUAGUCCGGCCUAUGGAGAUAUGCGUCAUACCGCGAGGCGUCAAGUAUCAGGUCCAUCUACCAUCCGGGCCUGCCCGCGGGUACGCACUCGAACUCUACCAGGGACACUUCUCCUUGCCCGAGCUCGGCCCAAUCGGCUCAAAUUGCCUGGCGAAUGCUCGCGAUUUCCAAGCCCCCGUGGCUUGCUUCAGCGAGGACUUCGGGGCUACCGCCUCUGUGGGCUCUAAUACUUACACGAUCACAGCCAAGUUCAACAAUUCGUUUUUCCAGACGAAGCAACCCCACACCCCGUUCGAUGUUGUGGCCUGGCACGGAACUUACUACCCGUACAAAUAUGACCUAGGCAGAUUUAACACGAUUGGGACCAUCUCGUACGAUCACCCGGACCCAUCCAUCUACACCGUCCUCACGGCUCCGUCGGACCACCCCGGUACAGCCGUCGCCGACUUCGUCAUCUUCCCGCCGCGUUGGCUGGUGGCCGAGAACACCUUCCGGCCGCCCUGGUACCACCGAAACACCAUGUCAGAAUUCAUGGGUCUCAUCGCGGGAGAGUACGACGCAAAGCGGGGAGGGCAGGGCGGUUUCAUGCCUGGCGGCGCUAGCCUCCACAACGUCAUGAGCGGACAUGGACCGGACGCGAAGAGCUUCGAGGGCGCGAGCAACGCCGAGCUCAAGCCGACUCUAGUGGGAACGGGCAGCUGCGCGUUUAUGUUCGAGAGCUGCCUGCUGAUCGGCGUGACGGAGUGGGGGCUCAAGAUGUGCAAGAAAGUCCAGGAGGGGUACAGCGAGGAGACCUGGGGCGGCGUCCAGGUGCAUUGGAAAAGGCCCGAGGGCGUGAGGGAGGAUAGCCAUCUGUUAGUCUGAGAGCCUGAGAUGACCGGAUAUCACCGUGCAAGCCUUCUGAACUCCGAACCCGCUACUCGACUCAUGAAAAGGCUAGUAGGUGGAGAAUAUAUGCUGACGAUUCGACGCCCGCGGGCAGAGCUUGAUGACCUGGAACUAAGCCGACCACAUAAAGUUGGGUCGGUUUUAUCAAUAAGUGUACUGAAUUCUAUUGAUUUAUAAAGCUGGUAUCAUUAUUUAUCCCAGUGCUUGAGCGUUUUCCUAUUGAUACUCGACAUCUUCGACCUGCGAGAAGGAU